GCAGAAUGAACCCGUCGACUUCUUCAACGGGCAAUGGCCCAGUGGAGAAGUUCUUAGGUAUCCCAUAUAACCAGAGAUGGGAGUAUCUUAAACCUGUCAUCAUGCGUAUGUACUUGGAGGAGAAUAACAAAUUAAAACGCGUCUCGGAGCGGAUGAAGGAUGAGUAUAGCUUUAACGCUCAAAUCGGUCAAUAUCAGUCUCACUUCAGGAAAUGGGACGUGAGAAAGAGAACAAUAACUGGAGAGAAGGAUGCUGUUAUCACUGCUCUUGGAAAGCGUCUUCGCCAAGAUGGAAUCAGCACCUCCAAUGCAAUCAUCAAUCAAGGCGACUCUGCAAAAAGUGUGGACAAAAAACAGCUCAAACGGUACAUCAACCAAAGCAUCCGUGAAGAUGAACCAGCGACAUUACAUCCCGGAAUAUUCGCUCGGUAUAACCUCCCGUACGCUGCAUUGAUUCAUAGCCUGAAGGGGCAAGGCUCCUUUUCACCAUCCGGCGCUAGCCCUUAUACUCCAGAAUACUUGACUAUAAACAGUCCACAAGGGACGGUAUCUGCUUCUAGUCCCCAAGAUGCAUUGUCGCCGACCAUGCAGCUGGUAAAACGGAAGACACUAUUAAAUCGAGCCCGCCUUUUCUUAGAGGGUAGAGAAGGGGACUUGAUGGCACAGCUAGCUACGGAUGAGCUAAAGUGUGUAGCGACAUGGCUUCAUGAUUUUUGGAUAUAUUCCUUCAUGACUGUUAAGUACUGGGGCAGGGGACCAGAGACGUGGGAUCUCUCCCUUAUCAAGUUCAAGUCGUUCGCUGGCAUGGUUCCCCCAUCUCCUAUUGAUCUAUUCAUAGAUCAAGAAUCCGGCCCAUCUUCUAGGCCUCAUCUGAUUCCCGACGGCCCGACGCAACUUUGUCGAUGGAGCAUACACUAUAAGGAACCGGACUAUGAAGGCCUCCCUUCUCCACCGGCAGAACUACAUAGGUCCGAAGAUCGAUUUGAUAUUGAUGACGAAUCUACAUGGACUGAGUGGCCAUUGAAUGGCACCAAUCGAGAUCUCACGAACACACUAGCUCGGGGACUUCAAGAGAACCAAUUUAGUUCAAUUGAAACCAAUGAGCUUCCAUUCGCUACAGAUUCAGUUAUGAAUGCCGCAGAAAAGUCCACGGAUGAAUUAAAGGCAGAAACUUUCGGUUUUGCUAUCAUGUCACGUAACAUGAAUGUCAUUGAAAAUAGCAUCCUCGAUUACUCCACAAAGGAUCUGGAUAUCCUUUCGGCCACCUUCCCCUUCCAUCUAGCAGCCAGAUUCCUAGAUGGCGCCAAGACUUGCUGUCUUAUCUUCGAACAACUUGUAAAUAACUUACAGGGCUCGUGCUCGAUAGGCCUGAAAUAUAUCGAUAGUUCUGGAUUUACUGUACUGGAUACACUUUUUGUUACGAUCCUACGAUCGCACAGCAAAACCUCAUUUGAUAUUCUUCUAGGUGGCGAAUUUGCUGAUCAAUCUCAACACGCCGGACAGGAGGUUGACCCUUGUGGUAGAUGGGAUGCGGAUUCGCCUUGUAUCCGACAGCUAUAUGCUUCCGGGAGCCCGAAAAUCCCACAUGAAUGGAAACACGUAUUCUGUCAUACUUCGGUACAGGCUAUAUGCCAUUCUAUAUCCGCAAUAUUCUCAGUUGAUUGGAGUCCAGAUAUUAAUACGUCGAGUGGAUUGUUCAAAAGGCGAUGUAGCUGUUGUGGGCUGGAGUUAAAAUUUGGUCCACUUCAUGCCCUGGUCUUGACGGCGUUCUACUUGGCAAAUGAUGGAAUGCCCGGCGAGAAUCUUUUUGGCAUGAUCUGUUGUCUCGUAUGCCUGUUGACUCACCACGCUGAUCCUUACGCUGCUGUGGAGAUCUCAAUUCCCGAGUUACUGGGACGCGGAUCAAUGGAUAUAUGUCAACACGUAACUAUGAACCCGGCGGAAUUGGCACAAGAAAUUCAUUCGGAGAGAAUGGCGUCGUGGACUCACGAAGUUAAUCGCGGAUGGGGGAUUUUCCUUUAUAUCCUACGACUAGACCGCGAGAAGAAGGACUACAAUGACUACGAUGACUACGAUGACGAGGAUUACGACAAUGAGGAUUCCGACGGAUGCUUUCAUAUUUUUGGACCAACUUAUUCCAACAACCGACAGCUGGGCCAAAUAUGGGCAGCUAUACAGGCUGAGUUAUUAACUUAUCGUCGUUUAAGCGAAGACGAUAGUUGGCUAUCUGUUAAUUUCGACAUGGAAAAGCUGUGGAGAGCCUUGGAAGAUAAUGAUGAAGAGCUCCUUCGUGAGUUUGCUGAUAACCCGGAUGAUAAAACUGGAGAGUCUAAGUUGGAGAAAUAUUCGAGUUGCGGGCAUUUCCAUUAUGCCCUGCAUCCGUUAUGCGCUAUGAGGGAGGAAGUAUGCAACUCAUACUAUGCUAAUCUUGAUAAUUGGGAACGUACUACAUUUAUUAGGACAUGGGAUCUUCGGUAG